AGCAUUGAAUCCGCCGCUCGCAUUCCCCGUUGAAUUGCUCCGUUGCUCCGGAACUUUAUCUUCGGAUUCUCGCCAGAUCCCGACACACUACGAUUUGUUUUACUGUCUAGCAAUGGCUGACAGGCUUCCCGGAGUGAUCGCUCUGUUUGAUGUGGAUGGCACCCUCACGCCGCCUCGGAAGCUAGUGGAGCCAGAGAUGGUCGAGUUUAUGCAGAGGCUCCGCAAGACAGUGACCGUUGGAAUCGUUGGAGGAUCGGACCUGUCAAAGAUUACCGAGCAACUGGGGCCUGACACUCUGACGGCAUACGAUUAUGUAUUUUCCGAGAAUGGCCUUGUGGCACACAAAGGCGGAGAGCAGAUCGGCAAUCAGAGCCUGAAAACAUAUUUGGGCGAUGAUAAGCUCAAGGGAUUUAUCAACUUCACACUCCAUUACAUCGCCGACCUUGACAUUCCCAUCAAGAGAGGAACAUUCAUUGAGUUUAGGAUGGGCAUGCUCAACGUGUCUCCCAUCGGACGUAACUGUAGCCAAGAAGAGAGGGACGAGUUUGAACGAUACGACAAGGUUCAUAAGAUUCGUGAAACUAUGGUUGGAGUGCUGAGGGAAAAGUUUGCAGACUUGAACUUAACAUUCUCCAUUGGUGGCCAGAUCAGCUUUGAUGUCUUCCCUGUCGGCUGGGACAAAACGUACUGCCUCCAGUUCGUUGACAAGGACUUUCCAACCAUCCACUUUUUUGGAGACAAGACGUACAAGGGGGGCAAUGACCACGAGAUAUUUUCAUCAGAGAGGACCAUCGGCCACACAGUGACUAGCCCUGCUGACACUCGAGCCCAAUGCACCGAGUUGUUCCUCUAAUCGGCUUGAAGGUUGUGUGAAGGUCUUGUGAAGCGUUAUGCUAUGGAUGUAAACCCGAGGAAUCUUGGCUUGGAUGCCCCUUUUGAGUCCAGCUCAUCUAUUGAAAUAAAUGAGGCUUGAUGUUCUGCUUGGCAUGGCAUGGCACUACAAGGCCUGUACAACACUGGUAGAUUUAAUAUAGAUGACCUUAUUUGUGGCAAGCAGGA